AAACACCAGAGAAGUCACACAGGUGAACGCCCGUUUUCAUGUUCAGACUGCGGGAAAAGUUUCACUCAGAAAGGGGCCCUUGUUAUACACCAGAGAAUUCAUACUGGCGAGCGCCCUUAUUCAUGUUCCGAGUGCGGGAAAAGUUUUAGCGUCAAAAAGGUACUUCUCACGCAUCAGAGGAUUCACACGGGCGAGCGUCCCUAUUCGUGCCCAGUGUGCGGGAAAUGUUUCAACGAGAAAUCAGCAUUCGUUAUACACCACAGGAGUCACACAGGCGAGCGACCGUAUUCAUGUUCUGACUGCGGGAAAUGUUUCAUUCAGAAGAGAGACCUAGUUAUACACCAGAGGAUUCACACAGGAGAGCGUCCUUACUCGUGCUCAGAGUGCGGGAAAUUUUUCAGUAAAAACUGCGACCUUCUUAGACACCAGAGAAUUCACACAGGGGAGCGCCCCUAUUUGUGUUCAGAGUGUGGGAAAAGUUUCAGUCAGAAAGGAAGCCUACUUAGGCACCAGAGAAUUCACACAGGCGAGCGCCCUUAUUCGUGCCCGGAGUGCGGAAGAUGUUUCAAUCAGAAAGGAAGCCUUCUUAGGCACCAGAGGAGUCACACAGGUGAGCGUCCUUUCUUAUGUUCAGACUGUGGGAAAUGUUUUGCUGACAAAGCAACCCUUCUAAACCACCUGAAAAUCCACACAGGUGAGCGCCCCUAUUCGUGUUCAGAGUGCGGGAAAUGUUUUAUUCAGAAAGUAGAACUUGUUAAUCACCAGAGAAUUCACACCGGUGAGCACCCUUUCUCGUGUUUAGAGUGCGGUAAAAGCUUCAUUCAGAAAGGAAACUUUCUUAAUCACCAUAGAACUCACACAGGUGAGCGUCCUUAUAAAUGUUUAGAGUGUGGGAAAGGUUUCAUUCAGAAAAGUAGUCUUGUUGUUCACCAGAGAAAUCACACAGGUGAGCGACCUUAUUCAUGUGUAGAGUGCGGGAAAUCAUGUCACACAGGUGAACGUCCUUACUCAUGUUCAGAGUGCGGGAAAUGUUUUAAAGAAAAAGGACAUCUUCUUAAACACCAGAGAAUUCACACAGGUAAACAUCCCUUUUCAUGUUCAGAGUGCGGGAAAUCUUUCACUACAAAAGGUGAACUUCUUGUUCACCAGCGAAUUCACACUGGUGAGCGACCCUAUUCAUGUUCAGAGUGCGGGAAAAGUUACAUUCAGAAAGGAAAACUUCUUUUACACCAGAGAACUCACACGGGUGAACGACCCUUUUCAUGUUCAGAGUGCGGGAGAUGUUUCAUCCAGAAAGGAGAUCUUCUUAACCACCAGCGAAUUCACACAGGUGAGCGUCCUUAUUCAUGUUUAGAGUGUGGGAAAUCUUUCUCUAUAAAACACAGACUUUUCUUACACCAGAGAACUCACACGGGUGAGCGUCCAUUUUCAUGUUCAGAGUGCGGGAAAUGUUUCACCCGGAAAGAUAAACUUGUUGUACACCAGAGAAUCCACACGGGCGAGCGUCCUUUCUCAUGUGCAGAGUGCGGGAAAUGUUUCAAUGAAAAAGGAUACCUUCUUAUACACCAGAGAAUCCACACAGGCGAACGUCCCUUUCCAUGUUCAGAGUGCGGGAAAUCUUUCAACCAGAAAGGAGAACUCGUUAUUCACCAGCAAAUUCACUCCGGUGAGCGCCUUUAUUCAUGUUCAGAGUGCGGGAAAGGUUUCUCCCGGAAAGAUUUACUUGCUACGCACCAGAGAAUUCACACGGGUGAGCACCCUCAUUCCUGUUCAGAGUGCGGGAAAUGUUUCGAUCGGAAAGAAAACUUUCUUAACCACCAGAAAUUUCACACAGGCGAGCGUCCUUUCUUAUGUUCAGAGUGCGAUAAAUGUUUCAGUGAAAAAGGAAACCUUGUUAAGCACCUGAGGAUUCACACAGGUGAGCGCCCAUAUUCAUGUUCAGAGUGCAGGAAAUGUUUUACUCGGAAAGUACAACUUGUUACUCACCAGCGAUAUCACACCGGUGAGCGUCCUUUCUCAUGUUCAGAGUGCGGUAAAAGCUUCACUCAGAAAGGACAUUUUAUUAUUCACCAGAGAACUCACACAGGUGAACGUCCUUUUAAAUGUUCAGAGUGCGGGAAAGGUUUCAUUCAGAAAAGUAAUCUCGCUGUUCACCAGAGAAAGCACACAGGUGAGCGUCCUUAUAAAUGUUCAGAGUGUGGGAAAAGCUUCACUGAGAAAGGACAUUUUCUUAGUCACCAGAGAACUCACACAGGUGAGCGUCCUUAUAAAUGUUUAGAGUGCGGGAAAGGUUUCAUUCAGAAAAGUAAUUUUGUUGUUCACCAAAGAAAACACACAGGCGAGCGUCCUUUCUCAUGUUCAGAGUGCGGGAAAUGUUUCAAACAAAAUGGAGCACUUCUUAGUCACCAAAGAACUCACACAGGUGAGCGCCCCUUUUCCUGUUCACAGUGCGGGAAAUCUUUCAGCCAGAAAGCCGUACUUCUUAUUCACCAGAGAACUCACACAGGUGAACGUCCCUAUUCGUGUUCAGUGUGCGGAAAAGCUUUCACUGAUAAACGUUCACUCUCUGGACACCAGAGAAUGCACACAGGCGAGCACCCCUAUUCAUGUUCAGUCUGUGGGAAAGGUUUCGCUCUAAAAGGUUCACUUGUUGUACACCAGAGAAUUCACACGGGCGAGCGUCCCUUUUCAUGUUCAGAGUGCAAGAAAUGUUUCAAACAAAAAGCUGAGCUUGUUCUACACCAGAGAACUCACACGGGUGAGCGUCCCUUUUCGUGUUCAGAGUGCGGGAAAUCUUUCACUCAGAAAGGAGACCUUGUUGUUCACCAGAGAACUCACACGGGGGAGCGCCCUUAUUCAUGUCCGGAGUGCGGGAAAUGUUUCACUGAGAAAGGAAGCCUUACUGCGCACCUAAGAAUUCACACGGGGGAGCGUCCUUAUUCAUGUUCAGAGUGCGGGAAAUGUUUUGCCGAGAAAGGAAAACUUUCUAGACACCAGAAAAUUCACACAGGUGACAAACCUUAUUCAUGUUCGGAAUGCGGGAAGUGUUUCAUUCAGCCACAAGAACUUCGUAAACACCAGAGAACUCACACGGGUGAGCGUCCUUACUCGUGUUCAGAAUGUGGGAAAUGUUUCAGCGAAAGAAGAACCCUUCUUGAACACCACAAAAUUCACACGGGCGAGCGUUCUCAUUUAUGUCCAGAGUGCGGGAAAUGUUUUACCGAGAAACAACAGUUACUUGUACACCAGAGAAUUCACACGGGCGAGCGCCCUUUUUCUUGUACAGAGUGCGGGAAAGGUUUCAGACAAAAAGGAUGCCUUCUUAGACACCAAAAGAUUCACACGGGUGAGCGUCCCUUUUCGUGUUUGGAGUGCGGGAAAUCUUUCAUUCGGAGAGGAGUGCUUCGUGCUCACCAGAGAACUCACACAGGUGAGCGUCCUUAUUCGUGUUCGGUGUGUGGAAAAUCGUAUGGGGAAAAACGUUCGCUCGAUGGACACCAGAGAACCCAUGACCUCUAUGUUCAGACGGACAUAUGGGGAGUGGUACAGGUGUCACCACCACAGGACGGCUUGUAUGUCCUUUCAUAUAUGUAA